AUGGCGGACCCCAACUUUCCUCCCAAUCUCGACAUCGCUCCUCUCGCUCUAGACUCAACACAUAGCGAGGACCAAUGGCUCCAGCAUGAAGCUAUCCAACAAUAUGGGAUCGCAGGACGCAUUUGGCACGCUACUGAGCUCCUGAUGCAAUACUUUACUCCUGGAGCCAGUUUUGAUCCCCCUUGCUCUGCGCUACUCACACCAUCUCCCAAGCGGAUCAUCGAGCUCGGGUCCGGCCAGUCCGUCGCAUCGUUACAUCUCGCAAAGUCUCUUGCCCCUAGCGACACGCUCAUCCUCACCGAUCUUCCCAAUGUGAUGCCAUUGUGCGAGCAGAGUGCACGAAAAGCGGCUCUGCCGGUCAACAUAUCCCCGCAACCCUUGGCCUGGGGCUCUUCAUCAGAUCAUCUGGACCCUCAUCGCCCUUUCACUCACGUCAUCAUGUGCGACCUCAUUUACUUUCCCGAGCUGUACCCCGCCCUCCUCUUCACUCUGCUAGACUUGACCCGCCCCGAAUCCAUAACGGAUACUCCUACCUUUGGACCCGAGAUCAUCCUGGCAUACAAACCGAGAACCCUUGCCUUGGAGCACUCGUUCUUUGACGCAUUCGGCCUGUACUUUAGCAUGAACCCAAUCAUUGGUGGCGACUCAUUGGUGCGGCUUUACUCUUGUCAGCGUUGGAAAAUCAACGAGCAGUGGGAGAUGCCAGCCAUGGACACGGUGAUGAAUGGGGCGCCUGGGGUGGAGCGAGGCAGGGAUUUUGGAUACAUUGAUCAACUAUUUGCUUCUAUGGAAUGGUGA